AUGUCUACCUACUAUCUACCUGAAGGCGAAGUAGAUUUGAAGUUGAUGACCCUACUUCUAGAGCUUGCGAAUGUGCUGUUGAGACAAGAUCUGAAUGAGAACUCAAUCCGAUCAACUAUCACGGAAAUGCUAGAAAGUGAAAAGUACAAGAAAAAUGCUCUCCGCAUUUCGAAACUUAUGCGAGAAAAGCCGUUUUCCGCUGAAGAACGACUAGUACAAUGGACCAAUUUUGCUAUCGCAAACGGAGUCCUAACGGAAUUCCAUUUAGAAGGAUCUAGAUUGAAUUUUAUUGUAUACUUUAAUCUGGAUGUGGCGGCUGUUGUCAUUGCCGUGAUUGUGUUAUCUAAAACAAGAAUGAUAAUCAAAAAUCGUUAUGACAGUAAGCGCCUCGACAAGUGCUCAAAAGAAAUCGUACUACUCACGUAA